AGAGAGUCAAAAAAGUCAUACUUUCCUAUUUUUCCUUCUUCUUUAAAAGCCCCUCUUGUUUGUUCGUCUUCUCUUCUUCUUUUCCAAAUCUUCAUUUCUCCGGUCAACAUCAAAUAACGCGUUUAAUUAUCAUGGAUGAUCAGAGAAAUCGUGUUAAUGAUCAUCAUAAUAAUGAUAAUCAUCAUCACCAUCUAGGUGUGAAUAAGAUAGGAAGAAACAUCCGUAAAGAUCCACCAACCCAGCAAAAUCAACAACAAAAUCCUCAAGCGUUGGUUUAUAAUAUCAACAAAACCGAUUUCAGGUCCAUUGUUCAGCAGUUAACCGGACUUGGCUCAACUUCUUCAGUCAAUCUUCCACAGUCAACAAACCCAAACCCACCAAAACCUCCAAAUUCAAGAUUGGUCAAAGUUAGACCGGCUCCUUUAACUCAAGUCAACCGCCCUCCACCUCCUCCUCCGAUUCAAUCAGAUCCAAUGGUCUCUCAACCGGUUCAGACUGUUAACCAAUUUUCAAUUAAUCCAGCUGAAUCUCCAAUUUCGGCUUAUAUGCGUUACUUAAUCGAAUCAAGCCCUGUUGCAAACCGACCUCAGCUACAAAACCAAAACCCGGUUCGAUCAUCAACCAGUUCAUUUCUUUCUCAUCAAACCGGUCCUAAUCCAAUGUUUUUUCAGUCUCCAGCUUCACAAUUUGCUUUGUCACCACCGCCAAGAUCCUCAUUUCCGUUGUUAUCACCCAAUUUUGCAUUUUCGCCGCGGUUUUACGGCGAGAGUGAAUCGCUACCUCCUCCAUCACCGGGAUUUUUCUUCCCGUUACUCAGUCCACUGUGGAAAAAUCAAUAGCUUUCUUUUGAUGAAACUUUGCCAACUAGUAAGCACAAGCGCAAUGUAACAUCAAAUAGUAGAAAGAACAAUAAACAUUUGCUCAUUUCGUUUAUGUAUUGGAAAUUAGUUUUUGUAUCUAAAUGUGGUUGGUUUUUGAAAAUUAGUUUUUGUAUCUAAAUGUUGAGUUUAUUCUUAAUUUUUCUUACGA